CGGUGACGUAAUCAGCUGUGUCGUCACUUCCGGCCCUUCCCAGAGUUCUUCGCGGCAGCAAGAUGGCAGACGUUUUGGAUCUUCAUGAGGCGGGAGGCGAGGAUUUCGCCAUGGACGAUGAGGGCGACGAGAGUAUCCACAAACUGAAGGAGAAGGCCAAGAAACGGAAGGGGCGAGGCUUUGGCUCUGAAGAAGGUGCUCGGUCCAGACUGCGUGAAGACUAUGACUCUGUGGAGCAGGAUGGUGAUGAGCCAGGACCACAGCGCUCCGUCGAGGGUUGGAUUCUGUUUGUAACUGGAGUCCACGAGGAAGCUACCGAGGAAGACAUCCACGACAAAUUUGCCGAAUAUGGCGAAAUAAAGAACCUGCACCUGAACCUGGACCGGCGCACCGGCUACCUGAAGGGUUAUGCCCUGGUGGAAUAUGAGACCUACAAGGAGGCCCAGGCCGCGAUGGAGGGGCUGAAUGGCUCCGAGCUGGCCGGACAGCCCAUCAGUGUGGACUGGGGCUUCGUCAGAGGACCUCCCAAAAGCAAGAGGCGGAGUGGACGCAGGAGAAGCCGGAGUCCGGACCGGAAGCGACAUUGAUUGGAGGGGACCAAUGGAAAGGGGCGAUUGUAGCGGGGUUUGGGGUGGGGGCGGGGGUUAUUGGCCGAUGUUUCCAAGUGUUGUUUUGUCUCUGGGAUGUGUUGCCUUUCAUACCAGCCUAUCCUUUUCUUGCAGUGGGGCUUGGGAUCCGAAUUCUGGUGCGUGUCAGCAAUAAAACUCUUCAGUUAAACCCAA